AGGUGGAGCCCAGCCGGAGCGCUGCCCGGUACGCAGGAAGUGCCGCGUCCCGCACGGCCGGCCUUCCUCCUCGCCUGGCCUGCAACGUCGGUUCCCGGAACGACCCGCAGCAAAACAUUCCGCGGUGGAUAAAUAAUUACAGAGCGCGUCGAGGCUUUACCUCUCAGUACAGCACGGUGAGAAGCGCACGUCUGAAUGCUGAGCGCGGCCUGCGGCACGAGCUGAGCUACUCGCGGUUCGGCCAGCCACCCGCUUGGCUGCUGUUUCAGGACCCGGACAAAGCAAGCAUGUUCCAUCUCAUACGGCGGUGCUGCUCCCGCACACCUCUCCAACUGCAGAAGCUAACUGGUCCCAGACUACUCCUGCAUGGAAAGAAUAAGACAAGGUGCUCCUCUCCCUGUCUCUCCCUGCAGAGAAAUGUUUGUCUUCUCUCAAGACCUCUGAGCCUCAGCAGAGUAUCGGUGUGUGCAGUCAAACUCCAGGCUUUUCACACGUCUUUCCCAGUCUUAAAGAAAAAGCCUCCCCAAGAACCUCCUCGAGAGCCAGGCCUGUUGCGACAGAGUAUGAAAUCACUGAAGGAUUCUCCAAAGCCAGCCCUUUACUUAAGCCUUGCAGGGCUAAUUCCACUUGUUUCUAUGCCGCUAUUAAUGGUUCUCCAAAGGACCUACCACCCAGAGCUGGCAUUUGUUCAGGUUACGUAUGGUGCUGUCAUCGUCUCUUUCAUAGGGGGAAUGAGGUGGGGAUUUGCUGUCCCAGAAAACAGCCCAGCCAAGCCAGACUGGCUGAACCUGGCCAACAGCACCAUUCUUCCUCUGCUCGCCUGGCAAGCCUUGCUUUUUAAAGAUAUCGCUAGCAGUGCAGUAAUGAUUGUACUGAGCUUAGGGAUAGCAUUACACUAUGACCUUUCCCUUCUUCCUACCUAUCCUCUUUGGUUUAAAGGACUGAGGAUAGUGGUAACAGUGGUGGCAGUGUUAUCACUGUUAGCUACUUUAGCCGUGAAGAUGGUUUCUGAUCAUGAGAAUUUAAUUAACAGCAGACCCGAAAAGCAGAACACAAAACAAUAAAGCAAGGGGAAAAAGCUGUUUAUUUGUUAAUAAUGUAUUUGCAUUGAGGUCAUAUGGAAAUAAAGACUUAUUUGUGCUCAGAAGUCAUAAGAGGGCAUUGAUCAAGAUGCUUAUUCUUGGAGCAAGUAAGUUAAUAGCAGCUUUAGAAGGGAAGCACUCUAAAUACUGAUUGUGUCCAAGGCAGGCCAGAAUCUGCCAUUAUCUGUAGAACAAAGCAUCGUUCCUGAGUGAGAUUAGAUGAAUUUAAAAGGGAGAUUCACGUGUCGUGGGUAUGAAUUGCUCUGUUCUGAAUUAUCAAAGUAUCUGGUUUGACUAUAAUGUGAUAACAUUCUGUGGGAGGGAGAGCAAUGAUGUAGUGGUGUGUGCUCUAAAUGAUGUCAAGGUGAAAGCAGUACGUUUAUCACUGAAAGAAAUAGAGAAUUGUGCAGAAGUACAUACACCUUCAGUUCCUGUUUUGUGGAAGUGUGAAAAAAAACCACCAAGAACUCAACCUUAUUUCAAAUUGAGGAGAUGUCCAGAGCUUAAUCACAUAGAAUUUAAAGUGGAAAGAAAGGGUAGGUGAGGUUUGUUCGCAGUGGCAAGCUGAGGUCAGAGUUCACCUGAAGUAUACCAUUAAGCUGCCAUGGGGAAGGCUGGAAGGGGCAACUUUUUAUCUUCAAUGAAGUGCUACAAAAAAAGAUCAUCUUACUAUUUAGACUUAAAUAGAAAGGAGAGCCAGCCCAUCUGCUCCUAGAUUUUGCUUGGUCUUAGGGCUACUUAAGCAGUGAAGCUGCUUGCAACACAUAAUCAUAAAGGACCAUCAUAUUCCUAAGUUAAAGUACCAUCGAUUGCUGCUUGGUAGGACACAGAUCUACUGCUAACACGAAAGGAUCAGGCAGUAGAAUUGAAAGAAGUUUGUCUUCUCCCUCCUCAAGAGUAGUUUUAUUUGUGCACCCUGGGAAGGUACAAACGCAGUUGUGGCCUGCACGCUCUCCCUGAGUAGCUGGUUAUUGACACGACUUUGCAUGUAAGUCUACUUCCUAACAAAAUCUCAAGGAAGAAACAAGAGCCCAUCACACAGAUUUUCUUUUCUGUCCUCAGCUACCUCAGGAAGCUUAAUACAUUGCAUAUGAGCAUAUUUACUAUAGGCUUUUUCUCUUAAGAUGCAAGAAGAAAGGCAAUGUUUGAUAUCCAUGUACCCUCAGGACCAAUUUAUAUGAUCCACAUAGUACACAUAAAGCACUGUUGGUUAGUGAAGAACAAAGCACCCACCAUAACUUCAGUUUUAUCUGCUUGUUCUGCAAAGAACAAUUUAGGAAACCUGCCUAAAGAUGAUGCCAUCUUCUUCUAUGGUGUUGCUGAAACAGCAGCUAUGUCCAUGAAUCUCUCCUUCUCUUACCCCAUUACCUUUUAUGUGUUAACAGCACCAUAUCCCCAGAUCAGCAGUAUACUUGAUGCUCUCCGAAUAUAAAAUAAAUAAAAACUUUAUUUGUAAA